AUGGCGCCUCAGAAGCACGGCGGUGGGGGAGGGGGCGGCUCGGGGCCCAGCGCGGGGUCCGGGGGAGGCGGCUUCGGGGGUUCCGCGGCGGUUGCGGCGGCGACGGCGUCGGGCGGCAAAUCCGGCGGCGGGGGCUGUGGAGGCGGCGGCAGUUACUCGGCCUCCUCCUCCUCCUCCGCGGUGGCAGCGGCGGGGGCCGCGGUGUUACCGGUGAAGAAGCCGAAAAUGGAGCACGUCCAGGCUGACCACGAGCUUUUCCUCCAGGCCUUUGAGAAACCAACGCAGAUCUAUAGAUUUCUUCGAACUCGAAAUCUUAUAGCUCCAAUAUUUUUGCACAGGACUCUUACUUACAUGUCUCAUCGAAACUCCAGAACAAACAUCAAAAGGAAAACAUUUAAAGUUGAUGAUAUGUUAUCAAAAGUAGAGAAAAUGAAAGGAGAGCAAGAAUCUCAUAGCUUGUCAGCCCAUCUGCAGCUUACAUUUACUGGUUUCUUCCACAAAAAUGAUAAGCCAUCACAAAACUCAGAAAAUGAACAAAAUUCUGUUACCUUGGAAGUCCUGCUUGUGAAGGUUUGCCACAAAAAAAGAAAGGAUGUAAGUUGUCCAAUAAGGCAAGUUCCUACAGGUAAAAAGCAGGUGCCUUUGAAUCCUGAUCUCAAUCAAACAAAACCUGGAAAUUUCCCGUCCCUUGCAGUUUCCAGUAAUGAAUUUGAACCUAGUAACAGCCAUAUGGUGAAGUCUUACUCAUUGCUAUUUAGAGUGACUCGUCCAGGAAGAAGAGAGUUUAAUGGAAUGAUUAAUGGAGAAACCAAUGAAAAUAUUGAUGUCAAUGAAGAACUUCCAGCUAGAAGAAAACGAAAUCGUGAAGAUGGGGAAAAGACAUUUGUUGCACAAAUGACCGUAUUUGAUAAAAACAGGCGCUUACAGCUUUUAGAUGGGGAAUAUGAAGUAGCCAUGCAGGAAAUGGAAGAAUGUCCAAUAAGCAAGAAAAGAGCAACAUGGGAGACUAUUCUUGAUGGGAAGAGGCUGCCUCCAUUUGAAACAUUUUCUCAGGGACCUACGUUGCAGUUCACUCUUCGUUGGACAGGAGAAACCAGUGACAAAUCUACAGCUCCUAUUGCCAAGCCUCUUGCCACUAGAAAUUCAGAGAGUCUUCAUCAAGAAAACAAGCCUGGUUCAGUUAAACCUACUCAGACCAUAGCUGUUAAAGAAUCAUUGAAUACAGACCUACAAACAAGAAAAGAAAAAGAUACUUCAAAUGAAAACCGACAAAAAUUAAGAAUAUUUUAUCAGUUCCUUUAUAACAACAAUACAAGACAACAAACUGAAGCAAGAGAUGACCUACAUUGCCCGUGGUGUACUCUGAACUGUCGCAAACUUUAUAGUUUACUCAAGCAUCUUAAACUCUGCCAUAGCAGAUUUAUCUUCAAUUAUGUUUAUCAUCCAAAGGGUGCUAGAAUAGAUGUUUCUAUCAACGAGUGUUAUGAUGGCUCCUAUGCAGGAAAUCCUCAGGAUAUUCAUCGCCAACCUGGAUUUGCUUUUAGUCGCAAUGGGCCAGUAAAGAGAACACCUAUCACACAUAUUCUUGUGUGCAGACCAAAACGAACAAAAGCAAGCAUGUCUGAAUUUCUUGAAUCUGAAGAUGGAGAAGUGGAACAGCAGCGAACGUAUAGUAGUGGACACAAUCGUCUAUAUUUCCAUAGUGAUACUUGUUUACCUCUCCGUCCACAAGAAAUGGAAGUAGAUAGUGAAGAUGAAAAAGAUCCUGAAUGGCUAAGAGAAAAAACCAUUACACAAAUCGAGGAAUUUUCUGAUGUUAACGAAGGAGAGAAAGAAGUGAUGAAACUGUGGAAUCUCCAUGUCAUGAAACAUGGGUUUAUUGCUGACAAUCAAAUGAAUCAUGCCUGUAUGCUGUUUGUAGAAAACUAUGGACAGAAAAUAAUUAAGAAGAAUUUAUGUCGAAACUUCAUGCUUCAUCUAGUCAGCAUGCAUGACUUUAAUCUUAUUAGCAUAAUGUCAAUAGAUAAAGCUGUUACCAAGCUCCGUGAAAUGCAGCAAAAAUUAGAAAAAGGAGAAUCUGCUUCCCCUGCAAAUGAAGAAAUCACUGAAGAACAAAAUGGGACAGCAAAUGGAUUUAGUGAAAUUAACUCAAAAGAGAAAGCUUUGGAAGCAGAUGGUGUCUCAGGGGUUUCAAAACAGAGCAAAAAACAAAAACUCUGAAAAGAAGAAACCUAACCCCAUGUUAUGGACAAACACUGAAAUUGCAUUCUAGGGAAUUCAGCCUCUAGGAAGAGUUUUGUUUUCGUUUGUAAUCAUAGGUUUCAAACAGGCACUGUUAGAUGAAGUAAAUGAUUUCAACAAGGGUAUUUGUGUCAGGCUCAACUUCACUUCGUCAUGUAGCAUUACAUGUAUGUCCCUUUCAUUGAUGUCAUUAUAACAAUCUGGUUUGAGCAUGAAAAGCAAUAGUUCAAAGAAAGUAUUUUUAACUUCAGCAAUUGUCUUAUGAAAUAUAUUGAAUUGAUAAUCUAGAAAUUAUUUCAUAUAUUUAAAUUACAAUGUUUUUUGCAUUUGUGACUGGCCAUUUUUCUACUUUGUAAUUGUGAAACCUUUUUUGGGGAGGGAAAAUUAGAGUGUGAUUCCUUUUUAGAAAUUGAAGAUUUUUGGAAAUUACGUUGCAUUAUUAUUUGUAAUCAAACCUUGAUCCUUGAUUUUGAGAUCAUUUAUCAAUUUGGAAUGAGAAAUUACAACGUAAGAUUCUUUACAGAAGUUCAUUUUACAAUUUUAAAAUAGCACUUCUUCAUCUUAUGCCUGUUUGAGAAAAUGUCAAUUUUUCACAUUGUUGACCGUGAAAUGUCGUGUUGGCUUACAAGGUUACUGACCAUUUUGUUUUCAUGUGGAUACUUUUACUGCAUUGCUCACCCAGUAUAUUUUUUUAAACUUGAACAUUUGCUGUUUUGGAUUUGUGGGUUGUUGUUGUUGUUGUUUUUUUCAGUAUGGUAAUCACAUUGAAAAUUCAGCUGUCCACAUCUUUUCAUUAUAAACCAAGGGAAGAAUGAGUUUGGGAUUUUUAAGAUGCCACUUUCGAGGAAGUAAAUGUUCUAUAAAAAUGAACCAGAAAAUGUUUUAACUUUUUUUCUUUGCAAGGAUGUCUUUGUAAUGUAUUUCAUGAUUAGAAUAUCCAAUACAGAUAAGCUGACUUGAAUUGUUGUGAGCAAUUUUGCCCUGUGAUGUAUGUGUUUUUAUGCACAUAUUUGCAGUUGGAUUUUCUCCAACAGAAAGUGGUUUCACUACUGGCACAUUAACAAGCACCAAUAGAUUUUUAUUCCAACUCCAAGCACUGUGGUUGAGUAACAUCACCUCAAUUUUUUAUUAUCCUUAAAGAUAAUUGCAUUUUCAUAUUCUUUAUUUAUAAAGGAUCAAUGCUGCUGUAAAUACAGGUAUUUUUAAUUUUUUAAUUUCAUUCCACCACCAUCAGAUGCAGUUCCCUAUUUUGUUUAAUGAAGGGAUAUAUAAGCUUUCUAAUGGUGUCUUCAGAAAUUUAUAAAAUGUAAAUACUGAUUUGAUUGGUCUUUUAAGAUGUGUUUAACUGUGAGGCUAUUUAACUAAUAGUGUGGAUGUGAUUUGUCAUCCAGUAUUAAGUUCUUAGUCAUUGAUUUUUGUGUUAAAAAUAGGAAAGAGGGAAACUGCAGCUUUCAUUACAGACUCCUUGAUUGGUAAGCUCUCUAACUGAGUUACAGUAAACUCUGGUCAUGCCUCUGGAUAGUGAAUCUCGAGCAUUUCUCUCGGGCUUUAAUUUGCUAAAGCUGUGCACAUAUGUAAAAAAAAAAAAUAGAUUAUUUUAGGGGAGAUGUAGGUGUAGAAUUAUUGCUUAUGUCAUUUCUUAAGCAGUUAUGCUCUUAAUGCUUAAAAGAAGGCUAGCAUUGUUUGCACAAAAAGUUGGUGAUUCCCUCCCCCAAAUAGUAAUGAAAUUACUUCUGUUGAGUAAACUUUUUAUGUCAUCUUAUAAUAAAAGCUGAAAAAAUCCCUUUGUUUCUAUUUAUAAAAAAAAAUGCUUUUCUAUAUGUACCCUUGAUAAGAGAUUUUGAAGAAAUCAUGUAAGAUGAUAAAGCAUUUGAAUGGUACAGUAGAUGUAAAAAAAAAAUUUCAGUUUAAAAGAACGUUUGUUUUUACAUUAAAUGUUUAUUUGAAAUCAAAUGAUUUUGUACAUAAAGUUCAAUAAUAUAAAAGCUGUAUUCUGUUUUGGUUUUGGUUUUCAUUAUUAUGAUGCAUUGUUAAUGUGUGUACUAAGAUUUUCGUUUGGCUAGGAUAGUAAGGAUCCAGAAAAAGUAACACCCAUCGGUCAGUUAAUAAGAAAUUAAGAAAAAAAAAUCAGUGCAAAAUCCUACGUUCAGUUCUAGUAACAUGAGUUGCAACUGGCAUGUUAUUUAUGGUAAUACUUAAAAAUUUUUUUAUAAUAAGUUCUGAGUAAUGUCAAUGUUAGCUAACCUAACAGCUCUUCAUCUUUGGUUGUAGAUUUUCUCUUUCUUUUUAAUGAAAAAAUUUAUCUUGGCCUUCAGAAAGUUCAUAGAGUGGGAUACAAAUGAGAAUUAUAAAGUAAAAUGAUAUAUUGUAUAAUAAAGUCAUAUACAACAUUCUCUGAGAUUAGUUGAAGCUAACUCUGGAAGAGUUAGGGGAAACUUUACAGAGGAGCUGACAGUUUGAGCUCUUCUGACUUUAUUUACUAGUAAUAGCAUGUCACUUGUACACUUGCUGUGUGUUUGAGCUGAGUGCCCCUCUGUGCUUCCAACGCUCGCUUUAGGUGUUUCUUCUAAACACUUGUUUUCUCAUUACAUUGCAAGGUCCACCUCACUUACCUUAGUACUGCCUAAUGGUUUUAGUUGGUGCUCAGAUAUUUAUUUGGUGACCUGAACUGAGGGUUUUACAAGCUGUGCUGAGUUUGGAUUUCAGGCAGUAGGAAGUAUUUGGAGAUUUACAGCACAACACAAAUCAACCUGUGUUUUUGGUGAGCCGUGGCUCUAAGAAUUGG